AUCCUUGCACACCAGCAGCACGUAGCUGUACUUGAGCACGUGGAUAAGCCUGUAGAGUGGGGGCGUGUUGGCCCAGGGGCUUCGUGCCACACGUGUGGAGCUCUUCACCGAGAAGACUACCAGUCGCUGCUGGCACCACUUGUCGAAGAAGCGGCUGAACUCAGCCCAAGAGAAGAAAGUUCGAUCCAACAAUUCCUGUUCCUCCUUCUGCACGGCUGCGCUCGGUAAGGGCUCUGUCAGCUCCAUCCUGGGACCUUGAGUAGAAGUGGGGAGAAGAGCUGGACAUCAGACCCAUCUCCACCUGGGUUACCACAAUUUCAUCAUCAGACUGUCUUAUCAGCUACUGCUGCCUCAGGUACAACUGAUGAGAAAAAAAGAGCAAGAGAGGAAAGGAGAGACUUCUGCUGCCAACAUGCAGAGAAGUAUUAUGUCAUUUUUUCAACCCACAAAAGAAGGUAAAGCGAAGAAGCCAGAGAAGGAGACACCCAGCAGCAUCAGAGAGAAGGAACCCCCUCCAAAGGUGGCGCUGAAGGAGAGGAAUCAAGUGGUGCCCGAGAGUGAUUCUCCAGUGAAGAGGACAGGAAGGAAGGUAGCCCAGGUUCUGAGCUGUGAAGGGGAGGACGAAGAUGAAGCCCCUGGCACCCCCAAAGUCCAGAAGCCUGUGUCAGACUCUGAACAGAGCUCUCCUCCCAGCCCUGACACAUGUCCUGAGAACAGUCCUGUCUUCAACUGCAGCUCCCCCAUGGACAUCUCCCCAUCAGGAUUCCCAAAGCGUCGAACUGCGCGGAAGCAGCUCCCCAAACGGACAAUUCAAGACACUCUUGAGGAGCAGAAUGAGGACAAAACCAAAACAGCUAAGAAAAGGAAGAAAGAAGAAGAGACCCCAAAAGAAAGCCUCGCAGAGGCUGAAGACGUAAAACAGAAGGAAGAAAAGGAGGGGGACCAGCUCAUAGUCCCCUCUGAGCCCACAAAGUCCCCUGAGUCAGUAACCCUGACAAAGACAGAGAACAUUCCAGUGUGUAAGGCAGGAGUGAAACUGAAGCCUCAGGAAGAGGAACAGAGCAAACCUCCUGCUAGAGGUGCCAAGACACUGAGCAGUUUCUUCACACCCCGAAAACCAGCAGUGAAAACUGAAGUCAAACAAGAAGAGUCAGGCACUCUAAGGAAGGAAGAGACCAAGGGAACCCUGGAUCCAGCAAAUUAUAAUCCUUCCAAGAAUAACUAUCAUCCCAUUGAAGAUGCCUGCUGGAAACAUGGCCAGAAGGUCCCUUUUCUCGCCGUGGCCCGGACAUUUGAGAAGAUUGAGGAGGUUUCUGCUAGGCUCAAGAUGGUGGAGACAUUGAGCAACCUGCUGCGCUCCGUGGUGGCCCUGUCCCCUCCAGACUUGCUCCCUGUUCUCUAUCUCAGCCUCAACCGCCUCGGGCCACCUCAGCAGGGACUAGAGCUGGGUGUUGGUGAUGGUGUCCUCCUCAAGGCCGUUGCCCAGGCCACAGGUCGUCAGCUGGAGUCCAUCCGGGCUGAGGUAGCUGAGAAGGGGGAUGUGGGGCUGGUGGCCGAGAACAGCCGCAGCACUCAGAGACUCAUGCUGCCUCCACCUCCACUUACUAUUUCUGGAGUCUUCACCAAAUUCUGUGACAUUGCCCGGCUCACUGGCAGUGCUUCCAUGGCCAAGAAGAUGGACAUUAUCAAGGGCCUUUUUGUUGCCUGCCGCCACUCAGAAGCCAGGUACAUUGCCAGGUCCCUAAGCGGGCGGCUGCGCCUUGGCCUAGCUGAGCAGUCGGUACUGGCUGCUCUUGCCCAGGCUGUGAGCCUCACACCCCCUGGCCAAGAAUUUCCCACGGCGGUGGUGGAUGCUGGGAAGGGCAAGACAGCAGAGGCCAGAAAGAUGUGGUUGGAAGAACAAGGCAUGAUCUUGAAGCAGACCUUCUGUGAGGUUCCUGACCUGGAUCGAAUCAUCCCUGUGCUGCUGGAACAUGGCCUGGAACGUCUCCCAGAGCACUGCAAGCUGAGCCCAGGGGUCCCUCUUAAACCAAUGCUGGCUCAUCCCACUCGGGGUGUCAGUGAGGUCCUAAAACGCUUUGAGGAGGUCGACUUCACCUGUGAAUAUAAAUACGAUGGGCAGCGAGCACAGAUACAUGUUCUGGAAGGUGGAGAAGUGAAGAUCUUCAGCAGGAACCAGGAAGACAACACAGGAAAGUAUCCUGACAUUAUCAGCCGCAUCCCCAAGAUUAAACACCCCUCAGUCACAUCUUUCAUUCUGGACACUGAGGCUGUGGCCUGGGACCGGGAAAAGAAGCAGAUCCAACCAUUCCAAGUACUCACCACGCGCAAGCGCAAGGAGGUUGAUGCAUCGGAGAUACAGGUGCAAGUGUGUCUGUAUGCUUUUGACCUCAUCUACCUCAACGGAGAGUCCCUGGUUCGCCAGCCCCUGUCUCGACGCCGGCAGCUGCUCCGUGAGAACUUCGUGGAGACAGAGGGUGAGUUUGUCUUCACCACCUCUUUGGACACCAAGGACACCGAGCAGAUUGCUGAGUUCUUGGAGCAGUCAGUGAAGGACUCCUGUGAGGGCCUGAUGGUGAAGACCUUGGAUGUUGAUGCCACUUAUGAGAUUGCCAAGAGGUCACACAACUGGCUCAAGCUGAAGAAGGACUACCUUGACGGUGUGGGUGACACUCUGGACCUUGUGGUGAUUGGUGCCUACCUGGGCCGGGGGAAGCGGGCUGGCCGGUAUGGAGGCUUCCUGUUGGCUGCCUACGAUGAGGAGAGUGAAGAGCUUCAGGCUAUAUGCAAGCUGGGAACUGGAUUCAGCGAUGAGGAGCUGGAGGAACACCACCAGAGCCUGCAGGCCCUGGUAUUGCCUACCCCACGCCCCUAUGUGAGGAUUGAUGGGGCAGUGGCCCCAGACCAUUGGCUGGACCCAAGCAUUGUGUGGGAGGUGAAGUGUGCUGAUCUUUCCCUGUCCCCCAUCUACCCUGCUGCACGGGGCCUGGUGGACAAAGAAAAAGGGAUCUCUCUUCGUUUUCCUCGGUUCAUUCGUGUCCGUAAAGACAAGCAGCCAGAGCAGGCCACUACCAGUAACCAGGUUGCCUCUUUGUACCGGAAGCAGAGUCAGAUUCAGAACCAACAAAGCUCAGACUUGGACUCCGACGUUGAAGACUAUUAACCUCCUGCUCUCCUGGGCCUGGGGUGGAGGUUGCGAGAACAUGGGCACUGUUGGAUUGGUGGUGUUGAUUGGUGUGUGUGGAGUCACAGGAGUGAGAUCCUGGGGCUGGAAUGCUUUAUUUUCUUCAAUAAAUGACUUCUUAGAUGCCUA